AUGGAGAACAAUACAGAAGUGACUGAGUUCAUCCUGCUAGGACUAACCAAUGUCCUAGAACUGCAGGUGCCCCUCUUUACCAUUUUCACUCUCAUUUAUCUCAUCAAUGUGGUUGGAAACCUGGGGAUGAUCCUGUUGAUUCUCUUGGACUCUCGUCUCCACACUCCCAUGUACUUUUUCCUUAGUAACUUGUCUCUGGUGGACAUUUGUUACUCUACAGCUGUCACUCCCAAGGUGAUGGCUGGGCUCCUUUUAGGAGACAAGGUCAUCUCCUACAAUGAGUGUGCUGCUCAGAUGUUCUUCUUUGCAGUCUUUGCCACUGUGGAAAGUUACCUCUUGGCCUCAAUGGCCUAUGAUCGCUAUGCAGCAAUAUGUAAACCCCUACAUUACACCACCACCAUGACGACAAGUGUGUUUACACAGUUGGCUCUAGGCUCCUAUAUCUGUGGUUUCCUGAAUGCCUGCUUCUAUGUUGGAGACAUAUUCAGUCUUUCUUUCUGCAAGUCCAAUAUGGUCCAUCACUUUUUCUGUGAUGUUCCAGCUGUCAUGGCCCUCUCUUGCUCUGACAGACGUAUUAGUGAGGUGAUCUUUGUUGUUCUAGCAAGCUUCAACAUCUUUUUUGCUCUCCUUGUAAUCUUGAUUUCCUACCUGUUUGUAUUUGUCACCAUCCUAAAAAUGCCCUCAGUUGAGGGAUACUGGAAGGCUUUAUCCACCUGUGCUUCUCACCUCACUGCAGUCUCCAUUUUCUAUGGGACAGUCAUCUUUAUGUACUCCCAGCCCGGCUCCAGUCAUUCCAUGGACACAGACAAAAUCGCAUCUGUGUUCUAUACAAUGGUUAUCCCCAUGCUGAACCCUGUGGUCUACAGCCUGAGGAACAAAGAUGUCAAGAGUGCUUUAAAGAAGGUUGUUGAGAAGGCGAAAUUGUCUCUAGGACUCACCUCUUAA